GAAACCGAAAGGCCCUGGGCCGCCUCCUCUCUUCUCCUCAGCCGGUCGGGCACGAGCCAACCGCACCCACUUCCCUCCCAAACCCUAGCAAGCGUUUCUCCUCUCCCCGAAGCUUCCAGAAGCGGCGCGCAUGGAGUCCUCCGCCUCCGGCGACGGCCCCUCUGCCACGACGGCUGCUGUUGCUGCGGCAGCAGCGGUGGCGUCGUCCUCAUCGGGCCCCUCCACCUCUGCCUCCGCCUUCUCCGCCGGUGUCUCGGGUGGGGCAAGCGCCACCCACUACCUCGCCAAGCGCGUGCUCCAUGGCAGCGCCGUGCAGCACGUCGCCCGGGGCCACUUCCGCUCGGAGCACCUUUGGGAGUUCGUCCUCUGCAAGGGAACUUCACUUGAAUUAGUUGUGGUUGGUGAGGAUGGUGUUUUACAGUCAAUCUGCGAGCAAAAUACAUUUGGGAUUGUAAAAGAUGUUGGUGUCUUGGACUGGCGCUUUAAACACUUCGGUAUCUGGCCUGAGAUUGAAGGGAAAGAAAUUCUGGUUCUACUCUCUGAUUCUGGAAAGCUUUCUCUUCUUUACUUCUGUUGUCAGAUGCAUAGGUUUAUUCCAAUUGGAAAUAUCGAGUUAUCUAAACCAGGAAAUAUGAGGGAUCAACUGGGAAGAAUUUUGGCUAUAGACCACGACUCUGCUUGGGUUGCUAUUAGUGCGUACGAGGAUGCAUUUGCUGUUGUGCGUGUUGGAAGGACUCAGCAUGUUUAUGGUCCAAAUAAAGAAAUUGUAGAGAAGGCAAAAAUCGUGCAUGCUGUAUAUAAGACCAGUGAUAUCCGCGGUACGGUUUGGAGCAUGUGCUUCAUGAGGACUCGCUGUUCGAUGGAUGAAUAUUACCCAGUUGUGGCAAUGAUAAUUAACAGGAAGGGCUCUGAUGCGAAUGACUUGUCAAUGUAUGCACUAGCUGCCAACGAUGGUGGCAUCCAGUACCUAUCUGGUUACUCAGAACCUGGACCUUUGGCGCUUGAGAUCGCUGAAAUUCCUCAGCUGGAUGGCUUUGGACUUCUAUUUCGUGCUGGUGAUAUUUUAAUUGUGGAUCUUAGGGACCCAAAGGACAUCUGUUGUACCAUUAGAAUAAGCAUGACAGGCAGUCUGGUUGGAGAACAAAUCAGUGUUGAAGAUUCAUGUCGAGGAUUAGAUGUUGAUGACGAUGUUGCUGCUUGUGCUUUGCUAGAACUGAGAGAUUCUGGAAAUAACAUAAUGAUGGACGACAGUUGCAUGGCUAUUGAUGGUGCUGAUAACCCAAGAAGCAUGAAAUCAAGGGUUAUUUGCUCAUGGAGCUGGGAGCCGGAUGCCAUGCGAGGACAACCGAGGCUGAUCUUUUGCUUGGAUGAUGGAGAAUUUCAUAUUCUGGAAUUUAAUUGGGAUACGGAAGGAUUGAAGGUAUUGCCUGAGCGUGUCCAUAGGGGUUUGCCUUGUAAACCUCUUUUAUGGAUGGACAGAGGAAUGAUAGCAGGGUUUGUAGAGAUGGGAGAUGGAAUGAUCCUUCAUCUUGAACAUGGUAGACUGGUGCAUAGAAGUACAGUUCAGAAUGUAGGACCAAUAUUGGAUUUAGCAAUUGCUGACUACCAUGGUGAGAAGCAGGAUCAGUUGUUUUCAUGUUGUGGAAUGUGCCCUGAGGGAUCAUUGCGUGUUAUAAGGAAUGGUGUCAAUGUGGAGAAACUUCUGAGGACUGAACCUAUUUAUCAGGGUGUUACUGGUUUGUGGACAUUGAGAAUGAAGAGAACUGAUACAUAUCACUCUUUUCUUGUAUUGGCAUUUGUUGAGGAAACAAGAAUACUAUCAGUUGGACUGAGUUUUAAUGACAUCAGUGAUGCUGUGGGAUUUCAGCCUGAGGUUUGCACUUUGGCAUGUGGUUUAAUAGCUGAUGGUUUACUUGUGCAAAUUCACAGCAAAGGUGUAAAGCUUUGUUUGCCUACAUCACAUGCUCACCCUGAGGGUGCCGCCUUAACUUCUCCAGUUUGUGUUGACUGGUAUCCUGAUGUCACUAUCAGUGUUGGUGCUGUUGGACAUGAUGUUGUUGCUGUUGCUACAUCAAAUCCUUGUUGCCUAUAUAUUCUCAGGGUCAGACCAUUAUCUUCACUCCAGUACGAGUUGUAUGAGACACAGCAUGUCCAAUUGCAAUAUGAAGUAUCUUGCAUAUCCAUUCCAGAGGAGGACUCGAGACUUAGAACGUCAUGUUCUGCUUUUGGUGGUGAUUUUAGGAAGAGAGAAGGGAAUAAUUCUGCUGCUGAAGUUGAUGUUCGCAUGUUUGCUGUCAUUGGAACUCAUAAACCUUCUGUGGAAGUCAUCUCAUUGGAACCUGAUGAAGCAUUUAGGUUGCUCUCUAUUGGGUCUAUAUCAGUGAACAAUGCGCUCGGUGCUCCAGUUAGUGGCUGUAUACCUGAAAAUGUUCGGUUUGUAGCAUCUGAGAGGUUCUACAUUCUCGCAGGUCUAAGAAAUGGCAUGCUACUCAGGUUUGAGUCAGGAACAAGCAAAGACCAGUAUCUCCCUGGUUCCUUUUACAAGGAGUCUUUUGCACCUUCUCUUAGUGCUCUCCUUCAGUUGGUUGCUAUAAGGCAUAUUGGAAUUACCCCUGUAGGCUUGGUACCAUUGCAUGAUUCAGCUAAUUCUGAUAUUAUUGUUCUCAGUGAUAGGUCUUGGCUAUUAUAUGCUAGUAGACACAGCUUGGCAUAUUCAUCCAUCUCAUUUCUGCCUGCGUCCCAUGUGACUCCAGUAUCUUCUGUGGAUUGCCCCAGCGGUCUGCUAUUUGUUGCAGAGAACUGUUUACAUUUGGUGGUGUGGUGGUGGUGCAGUGAUCCGGUGUUUGGAGGCGGUGGCGGCAGGGCAGGUCCAGGCAGCGGCGGCGUGGGCGGCGUCUGGACACCGAACUGUUUCAUGGCAAAAACAGCGUCCGCUAAUCAGUAUCUAGGGCAGAUCAUAGUUCAGUUUUCUUUGCAGACGUUUCAAAUAUUGAAACAGGUAAUGUUGGCCAAGUCAGACCUCUUAGUUUUGCCUGUCCCAUCGGAACCAUGCCCUGUUAGGCUGUCAGUUAGGUCUGCCAUAUGGUAUGAGGUUGAAAUGGUUCAUGGCAAAAGAUUAAAUGCACAAAAGUUUUCAGUUGGAGGGACUCCAAGGAAAGUGCUAUACCACAGCGAUAGUAGAACACUGUUGGUUAUGAGAACUGGUUUAACUGGUGCAUCAUGUUCUUCAGAUAUUGUCCAAAUAGAUCCUAAUAAUGGGAUCUUGCUUUCCCGAUUCAAGUGUGAACUUGGUGAAACUGCAAAAUGCAUCCAGAUUGCGAAAAUAGGAAGUGAGCAAGUGUUAAUUGUUGGGACAAGUAAAUCUACUGACCGGCCAAUGAUGCCAAAUGGCGAAGCAGAAAGUAUCAAAGGACGCCUAAUUGUUCUAAGUUUGGAUACUCUUGGAAGUCCUCAUGAGUGCAGUUCAUUUAUUCCGACUUCUAAUUUGAGUUCCUCUUCUCAUACGGGCUCAUUCCCUGAAAUUGUUGGAUAUGCAAAUGAAGAUUUCUCUAGCAACAGCAUGUGCAGCAGUCCUGAUGAUAUUUGCUACAAUCAGAUUCAAUUUGAACAAAUAGCAGGACACCUGAGAUCACUGACUCAUGUUACCUUCACUGGUGCAGUUCUUGCUGUAUAUCCAUAUCUAGAUCGAUAUGUGUUGGCAGCAGCUGGUAAUACGCUUUCUGUAUUUGGUUUUGUGAAUGAAAAUCCUCAUCGUAUGAAGAAGUAUGCCGUGAGUAGAACGCGAUUUACUAUUACUUGUUUGAAGACAUAUGGAUCACAGAUUGCAGCGGGCGAUUGUCGUGAUGGUGUUCUCUUCUGUUCUUAUCACGAGAAUCUUAGGAAGUUGGAACUUAUUUAUGCUGAUCCUGCUCAACGAUUGGUGGGUGAUGUUGUCCUCUUAGACUGUGAAACUGCUGUUGUGUCAGAUCGUCGUGGUAGCAUAUCUGUAUUAUCCUGCCCUGGACUGGAAGUUUCUGAAAGUCCAGAAAAGAACUUAGCUGUACAAUGUUCAUUUUUUAUGGGCGAAAUAGCUAUGAGCAUCCAGAAGGCUGCAUUUAAGUAUCGGCUCCCUAUUGGUGAUGAGACAGACCCAGUGUUGGAAUCAGCUUAUAACUGCGUUGUGGCGAGUACUUUGCUGGGGAGUGUUUUUGUUAUGAUUCCUCUCACCAGUGAGGAGCAUCAACUGUUGCAAGAUGUCCAAGAAAGACUUUCACUUCACCCGUUGACUGCUCCAAUCUUGGGAAAUGACCAUGCAGAGUUUCGUCGACGUGGUAUCCCGUCGGGAGUGCCUUCAAUUCUGGAUGGUGACAUGCUGGUGCAAUUCUUAGAGCUCACCAGUGAGCAACAGCAAACUGUUCUUGAUGAUGGAUCUUCAGUAAAGGCACCACGCAGGUCUAUCUCAGUUUUCCAGGUCAUGCGAAUGUUGGAGCGGGUCCACUAUGCGCUGAACUGAGGUUUUCUGCAACCAACUUGGUUCACUCAUACCGCUGGACAUACUGUUUUCCAUUCUGCUGACAAAUCGAUUAGUGCCUUGGUACUGCAGAUAAUACCCUGCCGUGACCUGCAGAUAAUACCGCCGGACCAAGGUAGUACACAUUUGGUGCUGAGGUGAUGUUAGCGUGUAAAAGUCAAUACCCUGCCGUGACCUGCGUCUCCCUAUUUAUAAUACUAUAUAGACGUUGUGAAGUACCGAAGUCUGUACAUAAAAUAUGACAAAAGAACAUCCUCAGAAUUGACGAACGUUGAGACAUCCUGAAUAGAAGUGUUCUUAAGCAA